CGCGGGUGGAAGAGGCGGAGGUAGAAGCCCCGCCAGGCGGGCAGCGGGGUGUCCGUUUCUCCCGGAAAGGGUGUCUGGGCCCAGACUCGGCCGCCAUGGCUCACAGGACCCCUCCGGGCUCUUCAGCCUCAUACGCCAGCUGCCUGGACCUGUGGAGGGAAAAGAAUGACCAACUAGUUAAACAGGCCAAGGUUGCUCAGGACUCAGGUCUGUCUCCGAGGCGACAGCAGUUGGCUCAAGGUGCACUGGAAGGGCUCCGGGGACUCCUCCAUAGUCUGCAAGGGCUCCCUGCAGCUGUUUCUGUUCUCCCCUUGGAACUGACUGUCAUCUGCAAUUUCAUUACCCUGAGGGCAAGCCUGGCCCAGGGUUUCACUGAGGACCUGGCACAGGAUAUCCAGCAGGGCCUAGAGAGAGUGCUGGAGACCCAGGAGCAGCUGAAGGCCAGGCUGGAACAUGGGCUCAGGGGGCUGUGGGACUCUGUCCUCCAUGUUUCCUCCCUUCUGCCGGAGCUGCUCCCUGCCCUUCACCACCUUGCUGGCCUGCAGGCUGCCCUUUGGCUGAGCACUGACUGUCUUGGGGACCUGACCUUGCUGCUGCAGACCCUGAAUGUUAGCCAGAGCAGGGCCUCUGAGGAUCUGCUGCUACUCCUGAAAACUUGGAGGCCCCCAGCUGAAGACUCAGAUGCUCCGUUGACCCUGCAGGAUGCCCAGGACUUGAGGGGUGUCCUUCUGACAGCAUUUGCUUAUCGCCAAGGCCUCCAGGAGCUGAUCACAGGGAACCUGCCCAGGGCACUGAGCAGCCUGCAUGAAGCGGCCUCAGGUCUGUGCCCACGACCUGUGUUGGUCCAGGUGUACACAGCCCUGGGGACCUGUCUUCGUAAGAUGGGCAGUCCACAGAGAGCUCUGCUGUACUUGGUUGCAGCCCUGAAAGGGGAAUCAACCUGUGGUCCCCCGCUUCUGGAGGCCUCCAGGCUGUAUCGGCAACUGGAGAACACGGCAGCAGAGAUUGAGUGUCUGGAGCUGCUGGUUGAGGCCUUGAGUGUCGCUCAUAUCCCUGAAGCCCCACAGCUUCUCAUUGAGGUAGAGUUACUACUCCCACGACCUGACCCAGCCUCUCCCCUUCACUGUGGCACACAGAGCCAGGCCAAGUACCUGCUAGCAAGCCGAUGCCUACAGACGGGAAGGGCAGAGAAUGCUGCAGAACAUUACCUGGACCUGCUGGCCCUGUUGCUGGAUGGCUCGGAGCCAAAGUUCUCCCCGCCCCCACGCCCCCCAGGGCCCUGUGUGCCUGAGGUGUUCUUGGAGGCGGCAGCAGCGCUGAUUCAGGCAGGCCGAGCCCAGGAUGCUUUGACCGUGUGUGAGGAGCUGCUUAGCCGCAUGUCAUCCCUGCUUCCCAAGAGGCCCCGGCUGUGGGAAGAUGGCAGAAGAGGAACCAAAGAGUUACCACGCUGCUCACCCUGGGUCUCUGCCACCUAUCUGCUUCAGGGCCACGCUCGGGUGCAACUGGGGCCCCAAAAGGAGGCAAUUAGUGAAUUUAGCCGGUGCCUUGAGCUGCUCUUCCAGGCCACACCCAAGGAUAAAGAACAAGGGCCUGCUUCCAGCUGUGAGCAGGGGUGUACAUCAGAUGUGGCACUACAACAGCUUCGAGCAGCCGCCCUGAUUAGUCGUGGACUGGAAUGGGUGGCCAGUGGCCAGGAUACCAAAGCCCUACAGGACUUCCUUCUCAGUGUGCAGGUGUGCCCAGGUAAUCAAGACGCUUCCUUUCACCUGCUUCAGACUCUGAGGAGGCUGGAUCGGAGGGAUGAGGCCACUGCUCUCUGGCGGAGGCUGGAGGCCCAAACUGAGAUGCCACAGGAGAAUGCUGCAUGGUCUCUCCCCCUGUACCUAGAAACCUGUUUGGGCUGGAUCCAUCCCCCUGACCGUGAAACCCUUCUUGAGGAAUUUCGGACGUCUCUGCUGGAGACUUGUGAUCUGUAGCUGCCACGUUUCAAAGAACCUGAGCUGGGGCCUCAGUGGGCCAUCUGUGGGGAGGGCUUUCUGCUAUACCGUCCUUGGGGAACAUGGCUGGAGCUGACCAUUCCAAUAUAAGUCUGGCAUUGGAGAGGCUGGUGGUAGUUCUCCAAAAUUUGGUCUGGUUACUGCUGUUCUGGUUCCAGAAGAAGCCCCCCUUCCAUCAACAAGGCAUUGACUUUGCUCAUAGCACCUUUUUUCCUGUUUCCCUUUUCAUGUGUUGAGUAAAAUUUCAUGCCUAUCUCUUGUCUGCCUACUACAUACACUUGAGUGGGAAGACAAAGCUGUCUGAUUCAGUUGAGUGCUGGUUGUCUAUGAUACCUUCUCCCAACAUCAUCUACCUUAUGAGCCUCAGGAGAAAGGACUACAGGAAUCCUUACUCAGGUGGCAGUGCCUUUAGUCCUUCUUGUUGCCUAAAAGCAAAACCCCAAAGCCCAGGAUCCUUUGUGAGGUGACAGAAUGAGUGGAGUUAGGUCUGGAAGAUGGUGCCCUCAGGAGAAGGGCAAGUAUCUGAUUCUUAGAGCAGA